AGACGAGGCUGACCCUGAACACACACACAUGGAGCCAUGCCAGACUCACAUUUAUACAGCUAAAACCAAAAGCCCAUCACAUGGCGAUACCAAGGACAUUUCCCAGCAUCAUCAUGUCAGCUUCCAACUCACAACAGGUCCUGGAGAACACAGAACCCUUGAGAGGUGUAAAACAUGUGAAACCGCCUGUAAAACCCAAACCACUGGUGCCUCCACGCCCUAAGGAAAUCCCAGGGUCCGAAAAUAAAAGUCCUUUGCUAUCACCAACAUCUAGCCCAUGCUCUCCAACUUUGGAUAUACCAUCUGCCCUCAAAAUCAGCCAGCUCACAGGUCCGCAACCCUAUGGGACUAGGCGGACUUCAUUAAAAAGAUGGUCAUCCUCUGUUGGUGAAGAAGGAAAUCAAGAGAAUAACCCACUGUCACCAGUGGAAAACAGGAGUACAGAUCUACCAGUCAAGAUUGCAGCCAAGCCAUUAUCUGCUCCUUCGAGACCUCUGCAGAGUGGACCAGUAUGGAAAGGAAAAAGUCCUUUUAUCUUAACAACUCGAGGAUGGGGAGAGCAAAGACUGAAUCAAUUAAGGGAUCACAAUGAGAGCGAGACUACAUCCCAGAAAACUAGUUCCAGCUCAGUGAGUAAAGAUACAGAUUCACAAAAAAGACAAACUACAGUCGAAGAGAGUACAGUCUCACAUUCAGAAAGUCAUGUUGGAAUUAUUCCCGAGGAAAAAGCAGUGGCUUUCAAUGUCCAAGACUCUGUAGCCAGUCCUGAAAAAUUGCCCUCAAUAGUGUCUGAGGAUGAAAGGAUGGUUUCUUCAGAAUUCUGCUCUUCUGACAGGUCUGAACUUCAAAAACCAUUAUCUGUUGCCCUACAAUCUGAUCUUCAUUAUGAAAAUAGCAAACAGGUCUCCCACUAUGACCAUAAGGAAGAAAUCAUUGUGGCAUCCACUAAAACUGAGAAAAAAGUUCUAAGUGUUCCUAUAAGAGAAUCCUUCCAUGUGCCAAAAAGUCCAACUGAGGAUGAAAAUGUAAAAAAUGCAAUAGUUUAUAAUAAUAAGAUUUCUGAUGUAAGGUCAGAACUUGGUCACAUAGUACUGCCUAGUGACAUAAAUGUAGACAAAGGACACCUGGAAAUCAGGGACAAGAAUCAACAACCAGAAGCACAAGUAUAUUCUCACGACCUUCAAAACAUUGGAGAUGUUAUACCCAAAAAAUAUACACAACACACCAAUAUAGCUUACAAGCAAGAAUCACAACAUCAUGAUCAGCCACAGCCAAUUGUACCCCCAAAACCCAAAGAACGAAAAAAGCUGUCUGUGCAGUUUAAUGUGCCAAAAGCAGAUGACCAAGGUGGAGUGCAAAGGUCUUUGGGCGAUACUGAAUCAGAGGUACAAGAAACCAAAGAAUAUAGAGUUAGACACAAGGAGGAUGGAAAUGCAGAUAUGAGAAGAUGGCAUAGAGAAGAUGGCAUAGCGGAGAAACCAGCUUUACAUGGACAGCAAAAGACCGAUGAAGAACCUGUGGAAGAGCAACAGAGGAAGUCUGCAGGAACAGAUGAGUCACUAGGUUUUGUAAGGACGCAAAUAGCCAACUACAAAAUGACCACAGAUGAUGGGAUUUAUAGAGAAGAUAAUAUUAGCAAAGUUCCUACAGACUAUACAGUGAUUCAUAGAAGUGAAUAUCAAGGUAAUGAAAAUAUAGAUGUUGGCCAACCAGAUGUUCAUGAAUUAAGUCUCCAUCAUAAAGAAGUUAAACUUAUUGAUGAAGAAAAACCUUUGAUUUCUCAUGCUACAAAAAUGUAUGAAAAUAUUGAGAGUGGAAACCAAGAGACUGACACCAAACAACCUGAUAUAGAUGAUGACAACAGAAGCUUCAAUAAGAGACAGCCAGAAGCUGCUUCUGAGGUGAAGCAUGUCGAGUAUAUGUCCCAUUUUACUGCACCCAGCUUAGAACGUGGAAAUGAUACCUAUUCUUUCCAAGACUCUGGGACACCUUAUAUCCAUCUUUAUAAACCCAGUACAGCAGACGAUUCUGAAUUUCAUGAAAAUACAGAUAUAAAGAAGGCACUACCCAUGACCAUUGACUCCCAUACGGAUGACAAACUUCCUUCACAGGAAAUAUAUACUCAUGCAAAGGAAUUUCUUCCAUCAAGUGCUCAGGCUCAGCCACAGGAAGAGCUGACUGAACUGGAGAACUGCGAACUAAGUUCCAAGUCAAAUCUUGAUGACUUAGAAGAGCUGGAGUGUUCUAAAUCUAAAGAAUUUCACUUGAGUCAUUUUAAGGAUUUAGCUGGCACAGUCACUCAAUCAACGGAGUUAAGCGGCAGAAGCGAUCACAAAGAUGGAAUUCAGUACUAUAAUAUUUACUCACAAAAUGUGCAGGAUGGAGACAAAGUAAAACAUGAAGUUAAGUCAGAGGACCAUCAUUUUUCACCUAGUCAGUCAGAAGAACCAUUGCAAGAAGGUGCACAGUCUGAGGAACUAGUUCAUACAUAUUCACCAUCUGAAAAACUAGUUGAUACAUAUGUACCAUCUAAGGAAAUAGAUCAUACAUCUGCGCCACAUAAGGAAAUUGAUCACACAUAUGCACCAUCUGAGAAAUCAGUUGAUACAUAUGUACCAUCUAAGGAAAUAGAUCAUACAUAUUCUCCACGUAAAGAAAUAGAUCAUACAUAUGCACCAUCUGAGGAACUAGUUUAUAAAUGUGCACCAUCUGAGAAACCAGUGGACACAUAUGUACCACAUAAGGAAAUCGAUCAUACAUAUGCACCACAUAAGGAAAUCGAUCAUACAUAUGCAUCAUCUGAGAAAUCAAUUGAUACAUAUGUACAAUCUAAGGAAAUAGAUCAUACAUAUGCUCCACAUAAAGAAAUAGAUCAUACAUAUGCACCAUCUGAGGAACUAGUUUAUAAGUAUGCACCAUCUGAGAAAUCAGUUGAUACAGAUGCACCAUGUAAGGAAAUUGACCAUACAUAUGCACCAUCUGAGGAACUAGUUCACACAUAUACAGCAUUAAAGCAACCAGUUCACAUGCAUGAGUCAUCAGAAGAACAAGAGCAAGAAUAUACACAAUCAAAAGAGGAUAUACAUAACUAUGCAGUAUUAAAGAAAGAGCAUGAUAAGUCGGAAAAUGUAGUUUAUAUAUCAGAGGAGCCAGAUCACGAUUAUAUACAUUCAGGAGAAGAAAGCCAUAAGUAUGCAGUCCUAAAGGAAGCAAAGCAUGCGUGUAACCAGUCAGAGAAGCUAGAUCAAACAUAUGAGCUACCAGAGGAUCAUAUUUUGUACAAUGUCCAAUCAGAAGACUUAGCUUAUAGGCAUAAGCCAUCAAAGACUACAACCAUUACAUAUGAACAAUUAGAGAAACCGGUUAACACAUAUGACCAGUUAAAGGAGUCCUAUACUCAGGACAUACAACCAAAGGAGUCAGAAAAAGUGUAUGAAUAUGCAGAGAAAAAGUAUACAGAGUCAGAGGAUUCACCAGAAAAGAUCAUUCCCUAUGUAAAACAAUCAGAUGAGUUACAUAACCAGCAUGCUCAAGCAGAGGAAACUCCAUCAGAGUUAGUAAAUUACCAACAAGCACAACCAGAGGAGCCAGAUUUCCAACACUCAAAGUCUGGGUUGCCAAAUCACCUACAAGCACAGUUCAAAGGUCCAGAUUAUGAACAACCUCAAUCGGAGGCUCCAGAUUACCAAAAAUCAAAGGAGCCAUAUUAUCAACAAGGGCAAUCAGAAGAGCCAAAUUAUCAACAAGAGCACUCAGAGGAAUGCCCUGUUCAUCACAAACACUCAGAGGAGUUGUAUUACCAACAAGAACACUCAGAAGAUCCAAAUUAUCAACAAGCACAAUCAGAGGAGCAAAAUUAUCCAAAAACACAAACAGAGGAGCUAAAUUUCGGAUAUCAACAACCAGAAAACUUGGAGAAUAACAAUAACAGCUCAGAAGAUUCACAGUUCAACUAUUAUUCACAACAGUCAAAGCAGACUUUAGAGGGUAAAAGUAAGAUGUAUGGAGAAAAUAAUUAUAGGUUGACAGAGUCUACAGAGCAAGAGUACAUGGAUCUUCAUACUGUAGAAACAGACAGUGGACAUGCUACUUCAGCAAAGCAAGAUACAGCUGAGAGCAGACCUGAAAAAUACUUGGAGCCACAACAUAGGUAUAGUUCUCCAGAAGAAUACCAUCACAACAAUGACUCACCAUCUGAAACUUCCCAUAAGGAUUUACUAUCUAAAGACCAAGACCUUAGGUAUCCUGAGGAAGAAAAGCCAAAGACUUUAGAUACUGAUUUUGUUGAGCCAGAGAGUGGAAAUGUUCUACCAGAGCACCAUGAGCAUAAAGAUUCUGAUAGACAUUCUCAAUUGCAUGAAUCACAUACAGAGGAGUCACAUGAUUCUCAGGCCCAGGACACAUUGGACAAGCAUACUUAUAUUCAAAAAAAUAUAAAUGGACAUUCAGGACUUGAAGAAUCAGAGCGCAAAGACAAUAGGUCAAGUGGACCUAAAUUAUCAGAUGACAUCCACAAAGAAAGUCCCGAGGAGAUAGUAUCAGACACAGGGGAAACUAUAGAAGACAGUAAUUUUGAUUUUCUAGAGGGCACCAGUGUUUUAGAUACGUCAUUAAUGAGGUCCAGAGCAUCUCUUGGCAAAAAAAGAUGUCCCAGAACACCUGCAACAGGAACCUGCACAUCUCAAGAAGAGGCUGAUCCUGAAUACUGGAUGUUUCGGGACUCCACAGAGCCAGGAAUUUCACCAAAAAAAGACUCUGAUAAUGAGGAAAAAGAAGAGACAUCUGAUUCUACACAGAACUCUCCCUCAUCAGUAAAAUCUCCUACUAAGAAGGGUGGAAUAUUUUCUGGACUAAUCUCACCAUCUAUACUAAAGGGCCGCUUGAAAUCUCGAAAUAAAGAAAAGGAUAAAGAGAAAAAUGAAGACGAAGCUGCAAAAGCUGAAGCAAAGGAAAGCCAAGAGCCAACAUCUCCUGGGAAAGACAAAUCAGACUCCUCCAGUCACUCUCUUAAUUGGCUGCAAGCGUUAAAGAAAAAGAAGAAAAAGCAACCAAAGUGAAGAUUGCCCCAGACAACAGAGGACUGACGUCUUAAAGUCUGAGUGUCAACUACUCUUUAUAUGCUGGUCAUGUGUGCUGGUUCAUCCCAUUCCUUAUACUGAGCAUUUACUGCUAUACUAAAAAAAUGUCUUAAUAUGUAUGCUGGAUCACAGGCAAAUUCGUCACUUAAAGGGAAGUUGUACAUGUAGUCCUAACUGUGAGCAACAUGUCAUAGAACAGAAGGAGGCGCACAGAAAUAUCUGUGGGUAAAGAUUCAGUAGAACUGGUGGUUCAUUCAUUUAAAUCUCUACUCUUUCUAUGCCUAAUAGUCCAGAGGGUGGUCCUAACCAGUGAUUGAAAGCUGCCUCUGUAUGCAUGUUCAUACAGAGAAAGAUGUCCGUCACGAGAUAGGACUGCCCAGUGGACUCCUAAGCAUAGAAAUAGUAGAGAUUUCAGUAAAAGCAAUACUAUCAAUCUACUCAGCUCCUUCGGCUCUAUAACAUGCACCCUGCAGAUUAGAUAUCAUGUUCAGUGUGACAGGUUCUCUUUAAAAUUGAUCUUUUUAUAUAUAUUUUUUUUAUUCCAGAUAUUUUUUCUCUCUCGGCUUAUUUCACUUACUUUUGAUAUGCAUUUCCUAGGCUAACUCAUGCGACAAGUGAAUAUUGAUUUUUUUAACACUUUUAUAUGGGUCGCAAAUUUGAUUUUCAGGUCCCCUGCUUGAAGAUAAAUUUCUGGCUGCUUGCAGCUAACACUAGAGGGAGCUCAUUGGAUACAGAUUUAGUAUGUAGUUCGAUUUAUAUAUCCAUGUUAACCUGCCUAGAAAGUGAUCAUGUUACUGUGACUGUGUGAAGUGAAAAACUGCGCCAACCAGGGCACUUUGUAUCUCCUCUAGCAGCUCCCACAAAAAAUAUAUAAAAAUGACAGUGGAGGCUGGCAAAUUUCUUAAAUAUAAAAUUCAGUGGACAUUGUAUGCUGUGCCAGGCAUUAAAAUAAAUUGCUGUUUUGUGAGGAAAUACUUUUCCCAUUAAAUUGAACCUUUCUUUGGCCCAGCAGUUUGAAUCAUACCAUGGCAAUGCAAACCCCCCUGGCCAACUUUUAUUUACUCAUAUAUGAGGUUACAAGAGAGGAAAGAGAGGGGAAGGAUACAGAGAAUUCACUGUCAGUCUGAUGAGUUUUACUGUGAAAAGUAUUCUGCAGCUGCUAUGUACUGUGAAACACAGAAGCUGCGGGCAAAUUAUUACUAAAACCUAUUAAAAUGUUGUUAGCGCAAAAAUACAUGGAAAUCAAUUAAAAAGGGCUUCAAAGGCACACAUAGCUUUUAAUCACUAUAUAAACAUAGCUCAUUGCCACCUCUAUUGGCAUGAUAACCUUGUUUCCACAGUAGCUUUUAGAUGACAAAUGACAGACCUGCUAGGGGCUGUUUUCCUCUGGUACAAGGAAACUGUGUAGUAUAAAAUCAAUUAUGUCCCUUGAAAGUUUUUUUCUGACUUCUUGGAGACAAGUUGUGCAAAAAAACAUGGCCAAAGGCAAUAUGUCUUAAAUGCAACCCCCUACCUAGGCCAUGUUAUAUUUCAAAAUAGAUUAUAGACCUUCUAUUCCAUACAUUAAUCGCGUUAUUCACCUUUGAACCCUCUAUAUUUCUCUUUUAUCUUUCUAGUCUUGGUACACAUAUAGUUGUGAGUUGUGUCUGGCCAGUUGUCUUAUGCCAGAGAGCACUGGAGAGAAAAACUCUACAUGCUACAUUUUUCUAUCCAGCAUUGGGAGAUAUUCGGCAUUAAAACUGAUGCACCAGAUGCCAGAAGCUGUCCCAUUAAGUGGUAGCUGCUAUGAGGGUGAAAGUGGUACUCACAGAUCACGGUGGCAACCUCUUCGCUGGUGCUUCCUAGGGCCAUGCAGUAACUGAAGAUACAACAACCUUCUUCCCUUGGGGCACUCCAUGGAGUUGAGGCUCCUGCCUUGUGGUAGUUGGGGUGCCCUUGAUGUUGGAUGUCUGUUUGGAUGCAAGGCAGGAGAGUGGGUGAAUUGGCCAGGGGAUGGUGGAAACAGGAACCAGGCCAGUUGGUGCAAUGAAUAAAGUCUCUUUUUACUUUUGAAUGCAAAAUGUGGGUAGUAGUUCCCCCAGUAAUAAAAAGUCACAAUUGCAAAUAAUAUAAAUUCUUCCUCAAUGGUAGCGUAUGGACAACAGCAAUAAUACGUGUUUUAGUACUCCAUCUCCUUGUCUCUCUCUAAAGUCUCUCUGCAGAACCUUAGCCAUGCAGUGAGGUUCUUGGUAUGCUUCUGCAGUUCUCAAACUAAAGAGUACAGAUAUAAGAUAUGGUGGACUAAACUGUCUCAACGUGUGGAAGGCAAUGUUUCCUCUCACAGCAGCAAAGU